AUCCAUUCGAUUUCAUACAUCGAUUACGCGUGUUAUCUCUCCACUUUGAAGCAUCUCUGCGUAGUCACGUGAGAACGUAGCUAAACAGUCACAUGAGGUUUUGCUAGACGCAGCAAGAAAUCACAAACCCGUCUCUUUUCCAUCCUAAAAAGUAAACUACACACUUUUUAUUUGGUAAACGAAACCGCAACAAACCGUUUUACUGGAAAGUUUGCUCACUACAGUCGCAGUCCAUGGAGGAAGAGGGGAGAGAGGGCGAAGGAGCAGUAUCUCAAAAUGAACAUGAUCAGCAAAGUAGAGAUCUCCCGUCAGAGCAGGAUCCAGAGCCUCCUCCAGACCCAGUUCUCGAGGACAGUUUGUGUGUGGACAGACGCACCGUGGACAGACUCACAGAGGGGCUCCUGUCUCACUACCUCCCUGAUCUACAGAACUCCAAGAGGGUCCUGCAAGAGCUCACACAAAACCAGGUGAUUUUAUUGGACACACUGGACCAAGAAGUGACAAAGUUUAGAGACUGUAACGCUCUACUGGACCUCAAUGCUCUGUUCACAGAGGCCAAAAUCUAUCACAACAAACUCGUGAACAUCAGGAAAGAGAUGAUCAUGCUUCACGAAAAGACCACAAAACUAAAAAAAAAAGCUCUGAAACUGCAGCAGCAAAAGCAGAAAGACCUUUUGGAGAAGGAGCAGCAGAGGGAGAAGGAGCUGGAGCGAGAACGGCAGCUCACGGCCAAACCAGCAAAACGCAGCUAAAACUUUUAUCGAAGAAACAGUACUUUAUUUUAAUUACUUUAUUUGUCUCCAAGGGGCAAUUCAGCACACUGAGCAGAACAUACAGUAAUAGUUGCCUGGCAAAUCUAGAAUAAUAUAUCUGUAUUUUUUUUAUACAGAAGGAUAUAAGUCUGGUUAUGAUCGUGAUUUGUUUAUUUUUUUCAUUUAAAAACAAAAUCAAAUUUCUCAUACAUUAAUAGAGUUUAGCGCUUUGCUCGUUGGUUCUGCAGAAAUCGCUAAUGUAUAUGUGUGUGUGUGUGUGUGUGGUUUUUUUUUUUUUCUUUUUUUCCCCCCUGCAAGUAGCCAUUUUUAUUUUUAUACAUGCCUGUCCCUGACAGGUUAACCCACCUGUUAGUCACGGCCUUCUGAACUCAGAGAGAUCCACUGGUGCUCAGACUCAUGUCUUUGUGAAGUAUUGAAUAAAUGUAUUCUGGAUCCCAGGCAACAGUAAUAAUAGAAAAGUCUCAGUGUAGCUCAACUGGCUCCGUCAGCAGAUCCAGUGUCAGGACAGUUUGAGGAGAAUAGCAGCCAGCAGGACAAAAGUGUCCCUCCUCUGUGUCCUGCAGCCGGGGCAUCAGCCUCCAGAGGGUGCCAGGUGAACUCUGUAGACACAAGAGUAAAGUCUCUUCUUAGCCCCAGGCCCUGUUGUUUCGGUUUGGUGAUGAAACAGGCCAUUCCCAAAAUGUGUGGUUACACUUAAUUUUAGAACUGAUUCAGUAAAAUGUAACAUCUAACAAUCUCAUAAUUUGCGUAUAACUUAGUGCUUAACUUAUAUUAAUUUCCAUCAAUAGACAAUACGACAUUUGUGCAUGCCCUAUGCAUGUGUUGUAAAGGGCUAGUACCACAAGAAAUUUCCUUUUUAUCCAAUUAAUGCCGAAUAAAUAUAGCUUGGCUCACUCUUAUAUAAUAAGUUUACUAAAAAGAAAGUGUUAUUAAUGUCUAAUUAGCAACAGAAUAUAAUUAUGCAGAAUAAGACAUAAAAAAGUGUAACAAAUACUAAUUAAAGGUGCACUGUGCAAAUUUUCUAGUAGAGGGUCCUCUGCCUACUUGUCUCCAUGGAGAUGUUAUUGCCUAGCCUGGAAUGUCCCAGUAGGGCAUUAAACGUAACCAUCCAUGUAACUUGUGGCCCUGUGGUCUCACCAGCUUUCUCCGUAGAGUUAAAAGUAUAUAUUUUGUGGAACAUUACAGGCAAUAUCUCCAUGGAGAGAAGCUGGUGAAGGAUCCUCCACCUGAAAAAUUGCACCUUUAACACUGAAGUUAUCACUUUCAAAUACGUAAGUUAUGAGCUAGUUGGAUGUUAAUACAUUUCCUACAAUAAAGUGUACAAUAUAUUUAUAAAACAUGAACAAAAUCAGUACAAAAACAUGUUAAAACACUUAAUACUGUGCAAGGGUUCAUCAAGUUUAGUCUAUUUAUUACCAAAGCUACCGCUGCCUUUUUAGUGUUAUGAAUAGAGCCACCUGUUUUUGAAAAACUUGGAAACCCAAACGCUUUGCCUAAAUGUGUGUUAUGUAUCGCAAAGAAAACUUUAUAUUUGCUCUUUUUUAUAUUUGAUAAACGUCUUGGAUCAUGCUGGCCUUAAAGGUGCAUUGUGUAACAUUUCUUUUAGAGGAUCCAUCUAAUGCUUUUCUCCAUGGAGAUGUUAUUGCUUUGUCUGGAAUGUUUCACAGAAUGGUAUUAAAGCUUUUUAUUUUCACAGAGACCAAAACAGACCAAGUUACAGGUCAGAUCUGUGGAGACGUGACGCCGCUCACAGUCAGAAUUUCAGUUUUUCUUGGUAUUUUUGUGCUAUAAAACCACCUGUAAUUGAAGGUAGAGCUGUUUAAUGCCGUACUGGCCGAGCAAUGCCAUAUUCAUAGAAACAAGCAGGUGAUGGAGCCGCAGUCGAAAAGUUACAUACUGUAGUUCACCUUUAAAGAGAGAAAAGGUAUUUAGCAUUUAGCAUUUUAUUAACUUUUCUAUGCCAUAGGAAUAAUGCUGUUUUUGUAAUUUAUGUAUGUAUUGUUUCAGUAUUAUGCUUGCCAAAUGUGCUCAUGCUAUUUUUGUUAUUCUAAUCAUAUCACGUUGCAUUUUAAAGAUGCUACAAUUGUUUUGUUUUUUUUGUUUUUUUAGCCUAAUUGAAAGGAAAUUAUUGUCUCAAAUACCUCUGUGCACUGAUCAUCUCGGUUAAUGGUUUUUAAAGUGAAAAAUGACACUCACAUGUUCAAUGUACCUGGAGAUCUGGAGUAUAAAAAUAAAAAAAAAAGGAUGUA